AAGAGCGACAAUGUCAAGUAAUAACUGCGUCACCCAGCUCAUUAUUCCACUCGUUUUGAGUGAAAUCCUACGUUAUUUUUGUCUUACGAGUGGGACAUUGUCGCUUUAAGACGGCGCAAAGCAUUCUGGGCAAUGUGUGCCUCUUUUGAGCAGAAAGAACCGAUGGACGCGUUUCCUAAAGACAAAUUUUCUUCAAUUUAAUGUAUCCAGUGGUCGUCAUUGACUUUCCCCAAUAUAAUCAAUACGCGUCAGUGAAAUGGAUCCGAGUUGCAAAUCUGUUAAGAACGACGAUAUUGUCAUCAUCGUUGAGAACGAGGCGGAGAGUUUACCACUCGGGGAAGAGAAGCCCAAGCCCCAAAGCGCCAUGGGGUUGAUGGACACAUGUCCCGUUUGUAAAUUGAGCUUUCACAACCGAGAGCCCAAAUUGCUGCCUUGUCUCCACUCGUUUUGCAAGAGAUGUCUGCCUGCACCGUUCAGGGGCGUCGAACCAAGAAGGGAUCAGUCUCUAAACCCUCUCGGACAAGUGGACAACAACAAGCAACUGGGUACCAUCCGCUGUCCAGUAUGCCAAAACGAAUGUUGGGAAAUGGACAUGUUGGAUAAUUUUUUUGUCAAGGACUCUGCAGAGGUGCCGAGCAGCACCAUGGAAAAAAACAGCCAGGUAUGUAUGAGCUGUGACGACAACACGGAAGCAACAGGCUACUGUUUGGAAUGCGUGGAAUUCUUAUGCGUGACCUGCAUCGAGGCGCACCAGAGGGUGAAGUUCACCCGAGAUCACACCAUACGGCAGAAGAAGGAAAUGUCACCAGGUAGCACGAAUAAACCGGUUUGGCAAUCAUUUACAGUUGAAAAAAAUAUUGAUAUUCUCUUCUCAUGUGUAGAAGCAGUAGCUGUUUCCUCGCAGAAGCCCGUGUUUUGCGACAUCCACAAGCAGGAGCCGCUGAAGCUUUUUUGCGAGACGUGCGAUCGCCUCACGUGCCGUGACUGUCAGUUGCUCAAACACAAGGAUCACAAUUACCAGUUUUUAGAGGACGCGUACAGGCAUCACAGGCAAUAUCUGGAGAACAUGACGCUGAAGUUGCAAGACAAAAGAAAGGCCAUCGAGGAGAUCUCGUCCUCGAUAAGCAACGGACUGCAGCAAGUUGAAGAAAACCGAAAGUCUGUCACAAAUGAAAUCAAGAAGGCCAUCUGCAACCUGAUUAUGGAGAUCAACAGGAAGGGAAAAGUUCUAGCCAACCAGCUCGAGUCACUUACUAAAGACCACGAGCUAGUUCUGAAAAAGCAGCAGGAUGAAAUCAAUGUACUCCGUCGGCAACUGGACCACGUGAUUAAUUUCACGACGUGGGCCACGGCCAACCACAGUGGAACGGCGUUGCUUUACUGCAAGAGACUUAUUCUAUUUCAGAUCCACUAUCUAAUGGGCGCCAGAUGCAAUUCCUCAAUCAUUCCUCAGAGUUCUGUCCGCUUCCAGUGUCGCUCCGGUUUCUGGGCUACAAACGUCGAUCUCGGUUCUCUCGUGGUUGAAAGAAGCUCGGUCCAGCCGCCCGUGCCCAUCCAACAGGCAGGUCCGCGAGGGGAGGCGGCAACCGGGGCGCUGUUAUCCUCUCAGCAGCGCCAAAGCACGCUAGCCCAGCUGCAAAUGCAGGUUGAAAAAAUUUCCCAGCAGCCCCACAGGCAAGCCGCGUCCAACCACUGGCCGUGGUACCAGAAUCCGCGACAUCCAGGACCGCACGGCCCUCCGCCGCCGACCAGACCCAUUCAGGGAGGCUCCUCCCCUUCGCAGAGCAUCAGCGGCUUGACGCAGAUGGGACGACGAUACGGGAGCGCCCACGCUGCCACCAGGAGUCCCAAUUCGUCGUCGUUGCUGCAGAACGCUGGGUUCCCAUCUCCUCAGGGCACUUUCCGCUACCCACAUCCUAUGCCGCCUGCAGGGGGUGCACAAGUACCACCUAACCAGCGAAACCUGGCAGAACUUUCCUAUCUGAAGAGGAGUGAAGCUGGCGUUCCCCCACAAACUCUUAACAUUGCCCUCACCAGAGCUAACUUCCCCGCAACGACACCAGACAAGCUAGUUCAAGGAAGGAACAACUCGCCCAUGGUUAAGCCAUCAUCUUCUGAACGAUGCGGAGGGCCAGCGACCUGGAAGCCGAAUACCGAAAUGUCGUCCGCUCCCGUGGCCAAGCGACGAAAACGAUCGUCCCCCGGGCCCGUUAUCGUCAUCAAGGACGAACCGGAGGAUGAAGACGAAGUUCGUUUUGUGCAGUCCAGUCUUCCAGAUAGCAGCACGGGGGCAUGUCCCACGCUCCAGCUCAAAAUCGGCGCCCCUUACUCCACCCAGCAGGCGACGGAUCCCCGCCCUCAGCCGGGAAUGCAGCCCGGCUCCGGAGGCAAAGUUCCGGCGGAGGAUGACCCCAACGAAGACUGGUGCGCUGUUUGCCAGAAUGGCGGAGAACUACUGUGCUGCGACAAGUGUCCCAAAGUUUUCCAUCUGUCCUGCCACAUUCCUGUACUCAAUGAGUCCCCGAGUGGCGAGUGGUUUUGCUCCUUCUGCCGAGACCUGGUCUCACCGGAAAUGCUGUACGAGUGCGACAACAAUGACAUGCAGGGUCCUGAAAGACUACCACCUGUUGACCAACGGACAUGUGAGCGGUUGCUUCUACUUCUCUUCUGUAGUGACUUCAGCGCUCACUUCCAGCAUGCAUCGGAGUCCAAGAGAUAUAAAGAGGUGAUUGUGAAUCCAGUGGAUUUAUCUCUAGUCAAGAAGAAGCUGGAGUGGAAGGCACGCGACGAGGAACGUUACAGCACUCCCGAAGAGUUUGUCGCAGAUGUGAGGCUUAUAUUCAUGAAUUGUGCCAAGUACUAUAAGGCGAACACAGGAGUGGGCAGUGCCGGCUUGUACUUGGAGGACUACUUUGAGGAGCAGCUGAAGAUGCUGUACCCUGACAAGACUUUCCCUGGAGGAAGGGAAGAAGGGAUGAUCCCACCACUGGAGGACGAGAUCGACGAUGAAGAGGAGCAGAAGUGUCAGGACAAAGAGGCUAGUCCGCCCGAGAACGCCAUCCCACCUGCGGAGGAAGCUGCAGACGACAAUUUAAAAACUAAAGAGCAGACUACCGGCAUAAGCGGAAUAGGAACGCAGACAAAAGUCGCUGCCGGGGAUGAAAAAGAGCAACUUUCCAAGGAAAAUGUCAAGCAAGAUGAUAAAGCGGAAGUGAAACCCUUCGUUCCCGCGGUCGAGGAACCAAUCAGCUCUCCGAAAGAAUUAAGCAACGCCCUUGCUAGCGAACAGACUUCCAACCAGACAUCUGAUGUAACAGAAAACCAGGAACGCACACAAGAAAAUGUCCCUGCUGAAGAACAAGCAGAAGGCGAGACGGUUCGUCUUCAUACGGAAGCAUAGAAUAUUAGACGGUCCAAGUCUUCCAUUUUUUGCAAUAGAAACCUAUAGCAUCGCUUGACUGAACAAGCAUAGUCAACGGCAUUGACGACAGGGUGGACAUUUAACUUUUAAGGUCAUUGUGACUGAUUUCCUUCAUUCUGAAGGUGAAAAGCAAGCAUAUACUUCUCCGUGCACACAUGAUGAGUCAUCUUUUCUUGUUCUUGUCCAAUAGGAUUACUGCUAUCGUUAACGUAUUCAUGACUGUAUGUCCUGUUAAAUGAACGUUUGUCAAGUUAAACAACCCUUUUGGAAAAAAAAAAAAAAAACCAUGAUGUCUUAUCUUGCUUUAUCUUUAACAUUAGCUCAUCCCACAAAAAGAAAUCAAGCAACAACCUUGGUUUUUUUUAUCCUUAAUCUUCGCAGGCGCCGCUAACGUCGUUUAUCAGCGGUACAUAAUUCUUAGACUUGAACGUAACUAACUGGUUUCGUGGCCUUGUACUUGUUCCGCUGAACAAGAUGAUCUUAACGUACAUGGAAACUCAAAAUUGCCAUUAAUGCAGUUAGUGUUUAACAAUUUAACUCUGAAGUCUUUUUUUGUAUUGUGUAAGCAUAGACUUCAUAAUAUACUGACGGGGCACAGGGACCGAUUAAUAGGGGGCCUGCAUUGUUGAUCGUGGCAGUCAAAGCUGACCGAGUGCAAUUACAGACAAAGAGCUUU